AUGUGUUGUUAUCUCUUCCAACAGAGAGAGAGAGAGAGAAAAGGGACUCUUUUGACAGGAGAAGCCUAUAAAUUAUGCGAGACGAUCACUCUUCUUGAUGUUUUACAGAUAGAACAAGACAUCCCUCCCAUCGGAAAUUCAGAUGAUAACUCAGAUGACGUGGCAAAGAGUCGAAAAGUGAGGAAUUCGUGUAUGUGCCCACCAGGACCACCUGGAGAACGAGGACCAGUCGGACCACCAGGUCUUCCAGGUCUUCCAGCCCCGUAUUAUCGUCGUCCGAGAGUUCCACUUUCAAAUGUAGUUUUUGUAGUUGUGAUUGUGAUUGUUUUUUUUAAAUUUCAGAAUCUUGAUGAAUCAAUUUCGCGAAAAAUGAGAGCCUUUGGAAUGCUGUAUUCUCCAGAUGGACAAGCAAUUCAACUGCGUGGAAUGCCUGGACCACCAGGACCAGCGGGCCCGAAAGGACUUCGUGGCUAUCCUGGAUUUCCGGGUCCAAUCGGUUUGGAUGGUCCGCGAGGUCUCCCGGGAACACCAGGAUCAAAAGGAGAACGUGGAGAACGAGGCCCAGUCGGUCCACCAGGUUUCCCUGGUCCAAAGGGCGAUCGUGGAGUUAUGACUGGCCCAUUCGGAGUUCAUGGACAACAUCCAGCUCCUUCUGGACCUAUCGGACAUCACACUACCAUGAACAUUGGUCCACCAGGUCCCCCAGGUCCUCCAGGACCUCCAGGACCAGCAGGAAGAGAUGGAAGGCAUGGAAUGAAAGGAGAUCGAGGACUACCUGGGUUCGACGGAGAGUCGAAAAUUGGUCCAAAAGGAGAAACUGGAAAUCCAGGUAGAGAUGGUAUUCCAGGAGCAAGAGGACCCCCUGGAGAAAGAGGAGAAAAGGGUGAUACCGCAUUCCUUUCCACAUAUCCAAGAGGCCAAUCUGUUUCUACUGUCAGUUCGUCGGGAUCCCAAGGACCACCAGGACCUCCAGGACCACCAGGAGUGUGUCAGGUGUCACAAUGUAUUGGAGUACAAGGACCACCAGGAAUACCAGGAGAGCCUGGAAGAACAAUCAUUGGACCGCAAGGACCACCGGGCGAGAAAGGAGAACGAGGAGAGCGUGGAGAAACAGGUGACAAGGGACCACCGGGUACUCCAGGAGCAGCUAGUCUUCUGAACGGAGGAAAAGCACUUGUGGGACCACCAGGACCACCAGGAAGAGAUGGACGACCAGGGGAGAAGGGAGAAAAGGGAGAACAUGGAUUACGUGGAGAUAUGGGAUUGCCUGGACCAGAAGGAACGCCUGGAAAACGAGGAAGGAGAGGUCGACAUGGAAUUUCCCUGGUUGCACCAAACGGAACGAUUAACGAAGAUUUGAAGAAGUUGUUGAAGACCGAAUUGAUGCCACUGUUGAUAGAAGAUAUAUCGGAGUUGCGAGGGAAGAAUGUUAUUCCCGGACCACCAGGACCACCUGGACCAAGAGGGCACCAUGGACCAAUCGGACCAGCCGGAGAACGUGGGCCUCAAGGGCUUCCAGGACAUUCUGGUGAAAGAGGAGAACGAGGAGAUAUCGGACCACCUGGGUUACCUGGGCAACCUGGAGCCGCCGAGAGUUCUGGAAACCAGUCAGGCCCACGUGGUCCACCGGGACUUCCAGGGCCACCAGGAGAAAAAGGAGAUUUGGGACCACCGGGACUUCCAGGACAGCCAGGAGCUCUUGGUUUACCUGGUCACCCAGGACCGAUGGGACUUCGAGGACCACAUGGAACAGAAGGCAAACAGGGAAAACAAGGGCCUGAGGGACCAAAGGGAUAUCCGGGGCCUAUGGGACCACAAGGACCACCAGGAAACGACGGCGAGCCGGGAAUCGACGGAAGACCUGGACCAGCUGGAGAGAAAGGAGAUCAAGGAAUACCUGGAUUGGAUGCACCAUGUCCAACAGGUCCAGAUGGUUUACCUCUGCCUUAUUGUUCAUGGAAACCUAUGGAUGGCAAGAACGACGUCUGGGAGCGCCGAAAACGGGCUACACUACCAAGAAGUGAGUCCGUACCGGAAGAGAGGACAUAUAUCAAAAACUGA